CCCAGAAUCAUCAGAUCCAGUCGGACGCGCGAUGCGCGAACGCUCUUGGUACCGUUAUAAUAUUGAAUUACAAAUGAGCAACAGACGCGGCCAGGAGGCGAGCGGCAAUGUACCAAGUUUUUCACGAUGCUGAGACGUCUAAUCGGUCGGUGAACCGUUUGUUUACCGUCAUCGGUGGCGGUGGCUAUGAGCGGCAUGGGAGUAGGUCGGGAGCGCCGGUGGGGCGCCGGCGACGCGGCCCGCAGUGCUACGCGCGUGCUAACCACGGACGCCGGCGCAUCAGACAUGUAUCUAAAUUCAACUAUCGAAACAAAUCUCUCGAGACUCGUUUGACAGUGACCUCGUGUGACUUAACGAUGAUAAACAAUUGGUGUUACUAAAAUAUUCGUGAGAGUGUUGACAAAGUGAACAUAGGAUUUUCUAAAUAUUUACCGAUAAUUAGAGCAGAAUGGGUCGUCACGCUCACGAAAAACUGAAAUCAUAUUUCGGGUUACUCCUGGUCAUGUUACAUCUCGCACAAGCGCAAUGUCCUUGGAAGGAUACGCCGAUACUACAAUCUACAUGCGUCUGCGCACUCAACUUGGCUCGGGAUCUCUCGGUACAAUGUGACCAGGUUGACUUCCCCAUGCUCCUGACUGCGCUUAACUCUAAUGCCCGCAAAAUAUCAAUUGACCUUUUAUAUAUAAACAACUCUACGAUACAAGUUCUAAGCGAUGACAUUUUCUCGAACCUUAAGAUUCAUAACUUACAAAUAUCUGGAUGCAAUGUGAAAAGAAUAGAAGACGACGCGUUUAGAGGACAAGGACCAUACCUGAAGAACUUGAAUUUACAAGACAAUGAAUUGUCGGAGGUACCCGUAAGAACACUCAGGAUUUUAACCAAUCUGUCAUUAUUAGAUUUAUCAAAAAACCGAAUAACACGCGUCGGUAACCACGCUUUUAUCACUCUGCAAAAACUAACGACACUAAAGUUGUCCGACAAUAACGUUACUUUGGCACCUCAAGCCUUGACAGGAUUAGAGAAUUCGCUUAAAAAUCUCAAUCUGAAAGGCACUAGACAGAAAGUUGUUCCAGAAUGUAUAAAAGGACUUCGUAGUUUAGCAUUUCUUGAUCUUUCUCAAAAUAGCAUUAGAGAGCUUCCUGGUCCUGAAGGAAGUCGAACUUUUGAAGGAUUAGAUUCCUUAACGGCGUUAAAUUUAGAAAGAAAUCUACUAGUUAACUUAAAAGAGGACGCGUUCAGCGGCAUCAAAAAAACUUUAAGUUCAUUAAGCUUACUAAAUAAUUUAUUGCCAGAAUUUCCCACAGCCGCAAUCGCAACUCUAACUGAACUAAGAGUAUUAGAUAUCGGAUUUAAUCUCUUAAACAAAGUACCGAUUGACGCUUUUUUGAAGAAUCCUUCUAUAACUUUGUUGGCAUUAGAUGGAAACCCAUUGCCUACUGUUCCAGAAAAGGCUUUAGCGCAUUUAAAUCACACACUUCGUGGCCUAAGCGUGGGAGGACGAUUCUUAAAUUGUGAUUGCCGCCUCCGCUGGAUAAUAGAAUGGAUACGUAGCGGUGAACUACAAGUUACCUCUCGUGAAAGGAAUCCACAAUUUUGCGGAAACCCUGCACGAUUCCGUGAUAGAGGCUUUUAUAGCUUUGAACCAAGUGAACUUAUUUGCGAUCAAGAGAGUACAACAAUUUUGGAGAAAUUGCUUCCAACCAUAAGUACGUCGACAUCUACGACGGAGAAAAAUGAUGUUAAUCUAAACACUAGUCCAAGUACCACAACGUCGACAACAAGCUUACGGACAACUUUAAGUUCAUCUACAACUGUGUUAACAACAACAGUUGCAAACGAAGAGCCGACAAGCAAGGCUAGCGUACAAGCUACAACUACUACAAGUGAUAAACCAAGUCGCAUACCAUCAGCAAAACCAGCGGUACCUAAUUGGAGGCACGGUACAAAUCAAAGACCUCCAUUAAUUAUGAACUUUCCUCAGCAAAAACCAAAAAUAGACGAUUCUAACGAAGUUAUCGUUAAAAAUGCUUAUCGUCAAGAUAACUCAGUAAUAAUCCAAUGGGAUUCGGAUGUUGCCAACAUACUCGGCUUCCGCGUUGUAUACCGAUUAUUUGGAGAUAAAAGUUUCAAACAAGGACCGCCGUUGGAAGCCAGUGAAAGAGAAUUUAAAAUAAAAAACGUCCCGUCACAGGAAUGUAUCGUCGUCUGUGUAAUUUCUUUGGAAGAAGUCCAUGUGAGUCCUGAGACAGUGCCAUACUCACAGUGCAGAGAAGUACGCACUGUAUCAGCAGCUGCCUCUAAUAUGGACAAAAUCACAAUAGCUGCGAGCGCAGCUAUUUGCGGAACUAUUGUAGUAGCGGUCCUUAUCUUUGCGGCGGCAUCACGUCGCCGAUCUCGGACCGUACAUCGACUGCACAACCAGGCACCUGAGAAGUUGCCCAGCGCCUGCUGCGGUGGUCUUCCAGGAACGCCGAGUCCCAACGGGCCACUGUCUUCACUAGCUACAAUCGGCGGUUUCGGAAAGCAGCGUGAGUGGGAUCAGGUGUCGGCUUAUAGUGCACGUUCGAUCCCCCGCGCACGUACCUAUACAGAACCGGCUGCUCCGGAACCCCUACCGGGCCGACCCGGCCGCGCUCGAUCCCUUGCAGACGGCCAGUCACAACAUAGUUUUUCCCAAUCCGGACGUUAUGGUCCACCAGCAUACCCAGGCAGUUUGUUAGGAUCGAGAGCCGAUCUACGUCAAUCGCGGCAGUCGUUGGGCGGAACUUCGGAACGCGCCUCGAGACUGUCGUUGAGCGGCGCUGCCGGGGGUGCGACAGGCGGCACCGCCGGCUCGAGAAGAAGGCCGCGGUCACGGUCGCGGCCGGCCAGUCGGUAUAGCGUCGGCUCUAUAGGACUAGGUUACUGUGACACGUCCGACAACUGGACGGAUCACGAUAUGGACAUUUAUAUGGCCCGAAAUCCGACUGCGCGGGGCGGGUUGGUGCCAUUAUAGCGCGGCGGAGAGACCGGUGCGAGGUACAGAGCGGAGUCACGACGGACGGGUGGUCGCUGCUCGCACUCGCGAAAGGGCCCCUCGGGCUACACCUCGGGGUGCACGCAUGAGCAUCGCUCGCGCGACCGUCGCCGCCGCUCGCUCCGUCGCACACGCAACAAGCAAGAUAAAUGCAUACACCGGACAUGGGAAAAUUAUGAUACCAACAGUUGAUAAGUCCCGAUUUUUAAUAACUUAUAACUACGUCGACGUUAGUUAGAAUACUUGACUGAAAUGUCUUUACACGAACCUAGGUAUAUUUAAUAAAUAAGAUUGUUUAUUAGGUAUUAAUAAUAAGCGAAACCCACUCGAACUUAAAUAAUAAAAGUUUACAAGUUGGGUUACAGAAAACGAUAUAUAACAUAAUGUGAUGUGAAUUUUCAUUGUAGAAAGAGAUAACUUUCUAAAUGCAAAAUGACAAUUAUAAAAAUAUUAAUAUUAUGAGUGUUUAACGAUUUGUUAAUGUUUAAAAUAAAUAUAGAAUUAUAUAAAGUACGUUAAAAAUAUCAAUGUACAUAAAAUAAACAUAGGUAUAACGCCCGGCAAACAUCUUGAACAUUUAGUUGCGCAGAAGUCGAUUUUUGGGUCUUUUUGGCGGGGCAAGGGGGGAUGCGCGCGCGCGCUCUGUUGCUAUUGGUUAAUCAGUCGACCUUUGCGUCCCGCUUCGUUCCCCAUGUUCCGUUUACUCCUGAAUACACUUAUCUCCAAUUUUGUUGGCCCAAUUUCGCUGUUACUUAUUUUCGGUAAUAAUUGUUUAUAAUUUUUUUCUAUUGUUGUUAUUAUUGAGUCUCAUUUGUUUAUUAUUGUUAAGUUUUAUUUGAUUGUUAUUGUUUUGACUUUUUGUGUUGAGUAUGCCACGAAAAGUAACAUUGUUCUAAAAAGACAAGCCAGGAAAAUAGUAUAUGAUGUAUAUUGUUUCAUGAAACAAGAAUCAUCUAAAGAAAUUGCACAAGCUGUUUAUGCAUGUCUGUCAUGUUCUUAAAAUUUAAAAUUGAAUUUUUCAUUCCUAAUUAUUAGUAAUACUCAAAAUAGGUCAAUUAUUUUGUCCAAAACGUACGUGCGCGAAACUUCCCCCACUACGCCGCUUUUUGUUCAAGGAGUUUGCUGGGCGUUAUAUGUGUUUUAAAUUAAUCAAUGAAUUCUUACAGCAAUUGUUCAAAAGCAAUACACAAUGUGUGAAGUAAAUACUGCUAGUCACAAUUGUUUUCAUUUAUUAAUGCACAAGAUUAUAUAUUUACCAUUUAGGUAGUAAAUGUACAUAAAAUAUUAAAAAUACUAUGGUACUUAUUCAUGAUU